AUGCCACCCCGAAAGAAAGUCAAACGCGCGCACUCUAUCACACCCCCUGAGGAUACAACUGCGCAGUCUCGCGGAGAAACUCCUGGUUCCAAUGACCUUGCUGAGAAGCCCGAAGCGGCCUAUGACUUGUUAGCGGAUCCGUGGACGGAUGACCAGGAGACGGCAUUGCUCAAGGCAAUAAUAAAAUGGAAACCUGUCGGCGUCCACAAACACUUUCGAAUGCUAGCGAUCGCCGAAUAUUUGAAAAGCCAAGGAUAUGCGCCAUCGUCAGCGGAGCAUAUGCGCAUACCGGGAAUAUGGAAGAAGUUGGGCACGCUAUACAACCUUGAAGCUUUGGAUGAGCGUGAAGAUGCGAUUUUUGCAGACAGCAACGAAGACGACGAAGAACCCAGUGAGAUGUAUUGGCCUUUUGAGCUGCCAUAUGAUGAAUAUGGAGAUCUCAUGUUCGAAAGAAGAUUGGCUACGGAAGGUUCACUGUCACCUGUGACCAGUCGACAUGUAGAGUCCCGGCGAGGGAGCACUGUUGCAGACACGGAUGAGCCCCGUUCAUCCCCCGUCCCGUCCCGAGGUCGCAGAUACACUCGCGGUACUCGUCGACCCACUCGCGAAACCCGCUCUACACGCUUACAAGUCGAAAUUGGCUCUGGAAGCCAGGGUAAAACAUCGGACGAAGACCUCGAAUCGAGCCAAGAGUCCGGUGCGAAUGACGAAGGUCAGGACGACGGCGGCGAGGACGGAAGUGAUAUUGGCAAGGACAGUGACGGGGAUGAGGGUGAAGAAGCAGAGGAAGAAGAGGAAACCAGUGACAAAGGAGGCACAAGAAGCACUCGAGCGAAAGCAUCUCGAACGAAGCCUAAGGGAACGAAAAAAGCACCCGCAAGCACUGGCACGCGUCGCACUGGUCGCCGGCGCUGA